AUGGUUACUGCAUCAUUCACGAAUUUGUUCUAUGCAUUCCUACUUCUUUCACUGCCACAGAAGAAAAUGCCAAGCUCAGGGAAAGUCAAAACAAUGCAAUCUCUGUCCAAUGAAGAAAGCCAGAAGAAAGUUCAACUGAAAAAGAAGAAAGAAAAAAUGAAAAUUAAUUCAGCUGAAUUGAAAUUCUCUUCAGUGUUUGGUGUGGAUGAUGAAUUAAAUCUUCAGUUACAAGCAGAUGAAUCGCCUACUCCAGUCAGUGUUCAGUUACCUGAAAAUCAACAAGUGAUGAAGGAUCAGAUACGAGGACUCAAAGAUGAAAAUGGGAGACUUUUUCAAUUGCUAAAAGAAAAAGACUUUGAAAUACGGCAUCUCCAAAAAUUUAAAUCCGAGCAUGCAGUGUCUCUCGGCAUGCCUGGCCUUACAAGUGACACAGCGGCAGCAAAGAUUGUUGAAUUAUCCAAGAAAUUACGUGAGACUGUUGCUGAAAUGGAGACCGAAAAAACCAAGUGUAAGCAGCUGGCCAAAAAAUGUGAGGAUUUAAAAUUACAGAUUGCCAAUCCAAAAGAAUGUCAUUCAGAACGACCAAUAGAACAGAAUACAAACAGUGAGGAACAAAAGAGUGCUGAAGAAGUCAAAGGUUUGCAAGAGAAAUUGAAGCAAGCAGAAUCCAAGAUGGCUGACUGGAGGAAUCAGUGCCAGAUUCUAAAACAAGAACUAAAAUUAGCCAAUAGGGUGAUUUCUCAAGAAGUCGGUGAAGGUUUUAAUCUGCACAGUUUAAUAUCAGGUAAAAGCACAUGGAAAGGCAGAACGCAACAAAUUAUCACUUUACAGCAAAAGAUUUCUGAACUUAAACAUCAAAUUGAAGACUUACAGUCCAGAAAUGAAAAUUCACCAAAGGAGGCUGCAGCGAGUGAAAAGAGCAAUUCAAACCCGACUCUCCGACGACUUGUACAAGAAAGAAAAGAGGCACAUGAUGUUGGUAUUCAGUUAAUAUAUAAGCUUAAUUUUUUUCUACAUGUUUUGUAG